AUGAGGGGUGCUGUAGCUCUGCUGGUGUUGCUGCUCUGUCGGUCUGGGACACGGGCUCAGGGAGAGAGUGGAGGGGAUAGAGAGAGUUUAGUGGAGAGCCGCGGGACUGGAGAUACAGAGUUGACUAGCAAACAGACGACCGGCCAGACCAUCACAACGCCUGAUAUCUGGGGUGAGGUAGAGGAGCUUAGAGACGUGGUGGAUAACCUGGGGACCAUGAUUUUUGAGCAGAGAGAGAAGAUGAGGAACAUGGAGAAAAAGAUGGAAAGAAGGUGGAGAGAAAAAUGGCGAAGAGGAUCUGAGGCCAGACUGGAGACUAUGGGGGCCAGACUGAGUGUCAUCGAGAGGGAGGUAGAGGACUUGAAAGAACAGAAUACAGCCAUGGGCGCCAGACUGAGUGCCAGUGAAAGGGAGGUGGAGGAGCUGAAGAGAAUAAAUGCAGCCCUGGAGGCCAGAGCGACAGACAGUGAGAAUGGGAACACAGCCUUAGAGGCCAGACUGAAUGCCAGCGAGGGGAUGGUGGAGGAGCUGAGGAGAGAGAAUGCAGACAGACCAAAGGUGGCCUUCUCUGCUGGUUUGACUAAUGAUGGAUAUUUAGGACCCUUUAAUAGUAUCACCACACUAGUAUACAGAAGGGUCAUCACCAACAUCGGCAAGGCCUACAACCCAAAUACAGGUGUCUUCACAGCACCAGUGAGAGGACUCUACUACAUCAGAUUCACUGCCAUGGGUCUCAAGGGUCCACCGUCCAUAGAUGCCUAUAUUUACCACAACGACAAGAGUGUCAUGUUCAAUCACCAGAACAAUGACAAUGGGCGUAAUAGGUUCUUGUCUAAUGCGUUGACUCUAGAGCUGGAGGCCGGGGAUGUGGUCUACAUGCGUCUCCCAGUAAAUCAGGAGCUCUAUGAUGAAAAGUCGAGUAACUACAGCACCUUCAGUGGCUUCCUGCUCUUCCCUAUGUGAAGGGAGCACUCUGGUGUGAGUUUGAGAUCAAUAAAUUAUCCAGAUUAUUUCUA